UUUGUAAUGUUGACGAAAUUUGAGUGAGAGUUGGACACGUGUGUUUGUGUAUUGUGUCGUAUUUAUCUGCCAGGAGUGAAAUAAAUUGUAAAUAUGUCUCAGUCAGAAAUUGUCACGAGUCCUUCAGUGAAUGGAUCUCUUCCUGAAGAUGCUAAAGAAAAUCAACCACCGAAGACAGCGAAACAGCUGGAAAAGGAAGCAAAGAAACUUGCUAAAUUAGAAAAAUUUAAACAGAAGAAAGAUAAACAGAAGGACGUAACAAGCCAACCUAAAGAAAAGCCGGAAAAAAAAGAAAAGAAGAAGGAGAUUAAAGAAUCAGCAGUCUACACAGCAGCUACACGCGAUGGUGAGAAGAAAGACACGCUAUGUCCAAUGCCUGAUGCUUAUAGUCCACGUUUUGUUGAAGCAGCGUGGUACAGUUGGUGGGAAAAGGAAGGCUUCUUCAAACCAGAAUAUGGGCAAGAAGAUAUAUUAGCAAGAAAUCCAAAAGGAAGGUUUGUGAUGAUAAUUCCACCUCCAAAUGUUACUGGAUCUCUUCAUUUAGGACAUGCACUGACAAAUUCUAUUGAAGAUGCCAUUACAAGAUGGCACCGGAUGAAAGGUCGCACAACAUUAUGGGUUCCUGGGUGUGAUCAUGCUGGAAUUGCCACACAGGUUGUUGUGGAGAAGAAGUUAUGGAAGGAAGAAAAGAAGACUCGCCAUGAUAUUGGGAGAGAAAAAUUUAUUGAGAAAGUGUGGCAGUGGCGCAAGGAAAAAGGAGAUACUAUCUAUGAACAGCUUCGUAGGCUCGGGUCAUCACUGGAUUGGGACCGAGCCUGUUUCACUAUGGAUCCAAAAUUGUGUAGAGCAGUUACAGAGGCAUUUGUACGCCUUCAUGAUGAAGGUGUUAUAUAUCGAAGCAAUCGUUUAGUGAAUUGGUCCUGUACUUUAAAGUCUGCAAUAUCAGAUAUUGAGGUGGAUAAAGUAGAACUUUCUGGGCGUACUUUGUUAUCUGUGCCUGGCUAUGAAGAAAAGGUUGAAUUUGGCGUCGUGGUAUACUUUGCAUACAAAGUAGAAGGAAGCGGCGAAGAAGUUGUUGUUGCAACCACACGUAUUGAGACAAUGCUUGGAGAUUCAGCUGUUGCUGUGCAUCCAGAAGAUGAACGUUACAAACAUUUACAUGGAAAAUUUGUUGCACAUCCAUUUUGCAAUAGGAAACUUCCAAUUGUGUGUGAUGAUUUUGUGGACAGAGAGUAUGGAACAGGUGCUGUAAAGAUUACACCUACCCAUGAUCAUAAUGAUUACGAAGUUGGAAAACGCCAUAAGUUGCAAUUUAUUACAAUCUUUAGUGAAGAUGGGUGUAUUAUUGGAGACUGUGGAGAAUUUACAGGAAUGAAAAGAUUUGAUGCACGCAAAGCAGUUAUUGAGGCUUUAAAAUCGAAAGGAUUAUAUCGCGAAACAAAAGAUAAUCCAAUGGUUGUUCCCAUUUGUAGCAGAUCCAAAGAUGUGGUUGAACCUCUGAUCAAACCACAGUGGUAUGUUCGCUGUAAUGAAAUGGCAGCAGCAGCUAUGGAUGCUGUGCAUUCAGGUGAACUAAAAAUUAUUCCUGAGCAUCACACAAAAACGUGGUUCCACUGGAUGGAAAACAUCAGGGACUGGUGUGUUUCGCGGCAACUCUGGUGGGGUCAUAGAAUACCAGCAUACCAUGUAACUCUGAAAGAUCCGUCUCUACAAAAGGGAAUGGACGAUGAUAAAAAUUGGGUAAGUGGGCGAACUGAGGACGAAGCACGUCAGAAAGCAGCAAAGAGGUUCAGUGUGCCACUGACAGACAUUACACUGAAACAAGAUGAAGAUGUCCUGGAUACCUGGUUUUCAUCGGGGUUGUUUCCUUUCUCUGUUUUUGGAUGGCCAGAUGAGACAAAAGAACUGAAGGCUUUUUAUCCAGGAACACUGUUGGAGACAGGACAUGACAUAUUGUUCUUUUGGGUUGCAAGGAUGGUAUUCUUUGGGCAAAAACUUCUAAAGAAACUUCCAUUUAAGGAAAUAUUCCUUCAUCCAAUGGUACGAGACGCACAUGGUAGGAAGAUGAGCAAGUCUUUGGGAAAUGUUAUUGAUCCUAUGGAUGUCAUUCAUGGAAUAUCUUUGGAGGAUCUCCACAAACAAUUAACAAAUAGCAAUUUGGAUCCUAGAGAGAUAGAAAGAGCAAAGCAAGGUCAGAAACAAGACUAUCCCAAUGGCAUUCCAGAAUGUGGAGCAGACGCUUUGAGGUUUGCUUUGUGUGCAUAUGUAAGCCAAGGACGAGAUAUAAAUUUGGACAUUCUGAGGGUGCAAGGAUAUAGAUUCUUUUGCAAUAAGCUUUGGAAUGCCACAAAAUUUGCCCUUAGUUAUUUAGGGACAGAUUUUACGCCAAACUCUAAACUAAGAAAUAAAAGUGCAAGUAACAAAGGCAAGAAAGAACUGAAUAAUGUGAAUCACCUGUUGAGGAUUAUCUCGUCAUGUGAAAAAGACAGAAAUUUCCACCUAACGAUGAAUGACUGUGAAAUAGUUGACUCUUAUCUUACUGAUUAUAGUUACCUCCAAGGCUACACACCUUCCAAAUCAGAUUUGAUUGUUUUUGGUGCACUGAAUGACAAUGGUGAAUUAGAAAGAUUUCCAAAUAUGCUCAGGUGGUAUAAGCACAUUAGUAGCUUCAGCUCUGAAGGAAACAAAUUGCCUGCUACAGUGUAUGGUGUUUGCAGUGAUGGUCAUCAAGACUCUGAAAGUGAGAGUUGUGAAAGUGAGUCACCGAUGGAUCUUUGGAUGCGUAGUCGGCUAGCUGCUGCUGUCAGAAGUUGUAAUGAAGGCUUUGAAAAGUAUGACUUCCCACAGGCAACUACUGCAUGCUAUAAUGUGUGGCUUUAUGACCUUUGUGAUGUCUAUCUAGAAUAUUUAAAGCCUGUCUUCCAGAGCAAUGACAAAGAAGCAAUGAAGUCAGCAAAAAAUACAUUGUAUACUUGCUUACAUGUGGGACUUCGUUUGCUGUCUCCAUUCAUGCCUUUCAUAACUGAAGAAUUAUUCCAGAGGAUUCCACAUUCUGGCUGUGAAGCAAAAAGUAUUUGUGUUAGUCAAUAUCCAGAUGAGAAAGAGUGUCCUUGGAGAAAUCUUGAGGUGGAGUCCGAGGUUGAGUUUAUACAGAAAAUUAUACACAUAGUGAGGUCAACGCGAUCCGACUAUACUCUGCCCAACAAGGUUAAAACAGAAGUUUAUAUAGUAUGCUCAUCAUCAGAUGUGGCUAAUCUUAUUGUGAAGUACUCUUCUGCCAUAUCAACUCUGGCUUACUGCAACAAGGUGGAAGUUUGUGACAAUCCUCCACUUGGCUGUGCAAUUCUAACUGUAUCUGGACAAUGCGAGGUUCACUUAAUGUUAAAGGGACUAGUUGAUCCCAGCAGAGAAAUUGAGAAAUUACACAAAAAAGAGGAGUCACUGAACCAACAGGUUACUAAACUGCAUCAAGCCAUGUCAGCUGAAGAUUAUGAGAUAAAAGUUCCUGAAGAAGUUCGUAAAGCAAAUGAAGAGAAGCUUUCACACAGUGAGGCAGAACUGCAAAAGAUAGACCAUGCUCUGAAAUUACUAAGGACGAUGUGAGAUUGUACCCAUUGCUGCAACCAUUGUGUAGGGCUAUGUACUGUGAGAGAGUAAUAUGGAGAUCUGUAAACACUCAUUGUAAUUGUAGUGUUGACAAAAGUAUUAAAAAGGUAUGCCAUUUUCUUGGAAGUAACACAAACAAACUACAGAAAUAUCUCUAAAAUAAUUAAAGAGGGUAGAGAAAUGACCCCCUAGAAUGAUGAUAUCAGUAAAUAUUGUGUCCACAAGCUCUUUGUUGCACACUCAAUUUAGUUUUCAGAACCUUUUUGCUGUGUGCUAUUCAAAAUAAUGAAAGAUAUGUGGGAGAUAAGAAUGAUGUGUGGAAAAUGUAGACAUUCUGUUUCAUUUGUGUAAUUAUUUUCCAAUAGGAAAGGGCAAAAAAAUGUUUCCAUACGAUCACUUACAUUCUGAUGUUAUGGGAGUUUUACGUUCCAAUUUGAAGAACAUUGAAACUUUGAAGAAGAGGCACACACCAAACAAAUUUAAGUAAUGGUUCCAAUACCCAUGGAAAUUUUGAAAAACAAAAGUUAGAAAAUGCAGGUGAGAAAGGGGGGGGGGGGAAGGGGGGUGAUGUAUAUCACCUUCUUGUCAGAAUGAUUUUGUGUAGAGAGUACCAUCUCAGACAUGCAUGAUUGUUCUGUAGCAUCAUUGAGUGACUGAGUGUUCAAUAGGUGACUUUUGCUCACUGGAACCUCAAGGCAUUUGGACUGUUAGAGAUGAAUCUCUGCAAUAAUAACUGUGGGCCUCUGAAACAGAUUAUAAUGCACAGCAUGUUGGUCAUGGACAGAUCUUUACAAUGAGUAAACUGUUGGCGAGACAAAGAAACAGAUCAGUCACAUGAUGAUUUUUUUUUAGUUUUUAUUAAAAACAUGUAACUUACGUGCUCUUUUUAAUUUUGUUUCCACAAACUCAUGGUUGCAUAAUGUUUAAUUUCAAAAUAAUUCCUCUUUAACUUUGCCAAGAACUCUCAAAAAAUGAUGUGAACUUAAUCUUUUGAUCAGUUUUUGAGUCAUGUAUGUCCCUGUACACAAAGAAUUGUUCACUUAGAGUGGCAUCCUUUAUAAAGAAUUUGUCUUUUUUUGCACGACUUACUCCAUUGGUUUUUCCUGUAAUGAGAACAGACAUUUCAAUGUGUGAAAAUGAAAAGCUACAGAACUAGUGUAUCACUCUAAUAAAUCAUUUUGUGUGUAAUGACUCUCAGUGCUGUUCCAUCUUUUUAAAUCACUUAUAGAGAAGCACUCUUCUCCUGUUAAUUUUGGGCAUUCACUGCUUUUUGUGUGUGUGUUUUGGAAGGGAGGGAGGGCGAAAAUGUGUAUGUACUGGAACAGGAGAAAGAGCGAUAGUUCAAAAGCUAGUGUAUGUAAGUGCACAUACACAUAUCUUUAUAUUCUUUUCGAGGCAGCAUGUGAACAGUAUAAGGUGAAGAUAAAAAAAUUCAUAGAAUUUUGUAGAAGAUUGAUAUCCAGUAAUUUUGUCAUAAUUUACGUAAUGUAGAUCACAUGUCGACUUCUAUCGUGAGAUUUAAAACUAUCCAAAGCACUAAUGAUUGCAGAAAUGGUUACAGUGUUGAUGACACUAGUUUAAUAAGUUAUGUUACGGAAACAAACAGUAUUUUCUUAAUGUUAUUUAUUUAUAAUUAUUUAUCAAUAAACGUGCAAAGUAA